UUCGCCUAAAUUAGGGACAUAAAGAUAUAAACACAACAAAGUGUUUCCACCUUCUUUAAAAAAACACACAUACUCAAAAAUAAUCAAAAACACCAACAAAACACACACACAAAUACACUAUAAUAUUUUUGGUUAUAAAAAUAUAGAUGAAUGCUGAGAUGAAUGGUGGUGGUGUGAAUGGGAGAAAUAGUAGUUAUAAUGGUGAUGUAGAGAAAAUAGAUUAUGUAUAUAAAGUGGUGGUAAUUGGUGACUCAGCAGUUGGCAAGACACAAAUGUUGUCAAGAUUCACAAGAAAUGAGUUUUGUUUUGAUUCCAAAUCCACAAUUGGAGUUGAAUUCCAAACUAGGACUUUAACUAUUCAUUCCAAAGUUAUCAAGGCUCAGAUCUGGGAUACUGCUGGUCAAGAAAGAUACCGAGCGGUGACAAGUGCAUACUAUAGAGGAGCAUUAGGGGCAAUGUUGGUAUACGAUAUCACUAAACGACAGUCAUUUGAUCACGUUGCGAGAUGGGUUGAAGAGCUUCGUGCCCACGCAGAUAGUUCCAUUGUCAUUGCUUUGAUUGGUAACAAGGCUGACCUUGAAGACAAAAGGGCAGUUCCAUCUGAAGACGCCGUUGAGUUUGCAGAAAAUCAAGGAUUAUAUUUCUUUGAAACAUCAGCUCUCACUGGUGACAAUGUGGAAGCCGCUUUUCUUAAACUACUAGAAGAAAUUUAUUCCGUGGUUUCAAAGAAGGCGUUGGAUCAAGAUGCCGCGAAAUCUAAUGGGGAUUCAUUAACGCUUAAGGGAAUGAAAAUCGAUGUUAAUGGAAGCCAGGUUAUGGAGGUCAGUGAGCUGAAAAAUCUGUCUUCUUGCUCAUGCUGAAUAAAUUAUUGAUCGUAUAUGUUUUACUUGAUUCACGAGCUUGAUCACUCGUUGUUGUAUUAUAUACUGUUUAAUUGUGGAAUUUAUGGUAGAAAAGAAGCUUAUUCUUUCAAAAUGUUUAUUGUAAGGUACAAAAGUUGUCUUUGACUCUUGAAAAGUGCAAAUGCACAUCAAUAUGCAAGUUUUUGUGUUCAAUUC